GGGAAAGGUUGAUGAGCCUUAUGUGGACGGGGACUCUUUCUUUGUCUGUGCCGCUCGCUCGGUGAAUUUGCGCCGGUCGUCAUCAUGUCGAGCGUCGAGGGCGGGAGCCGGAGUCGGACGGCCAGUACGGCAUCGGCGCGCCGCGGCACGCUGAGUUCGCGACGCGGUACCGCGUCAGCUGGUGGUGGUGACGCCUGCGAUAAGUUUGAGGCUGCUCGCUCCAGACCCAACGUCUGCCGGAACUGCAAAAAGACAAAGGCCGCCCACGAGGAAGCCAAGCCCGCCUCCAGCCCAGCUAAGGACACCGCUGCCCCUGCCCCUGCUCAGAAUAAUCAUGAGAAUGCGCCCUCUGCCACUGCCUCGAACCAGGAUGGCGCAACCAAUUCCAAGGCCCCGGCCACUGCUUCCGACGCCGUGCUCAAAUCAGGCUGGCUCAGCAAAGCGGGGCAAGGCAAUACGGAAGGGGCACCCGAUAAUGUCAACGUUGAGGGCGCCACAGAAGAGCAAGACGCUGCACGUAUAGCCGCCGAAAAGGAGGCUGCACGAGUGGCCGCUGAAGAGGAAGCUGCAAAGCAGAAAGCCGCCGAGGAGGAGGCUGCGCGAGUGGCUGCUGAAGAGGAGGCUGCAAAGCAGCAAGCUGCCGAGGAGGAAGCUGCACGAAUGGCUGCCGAGGAGGAAGCUGCACGAAUGGCUGCUGAAGAGGAAGCUGCGAAACAGAAAGCCGCCGAAGAGGAAGCUGCAAAGCAGAAAGCCGCCGAAGAGGAAGCUGCAAAGCAGAAAGCCGCUGAAGAGGAAGCUGCAAAGCAGAAAGCCGCCGAAGAGGAAGCUGCAAAGCAGAAAGCCGCCGAAGAGGAAGCUGCAAAGCAGAAAGCCGCCGAAGAGGAAGCUGCAAAGCAGAAAGCCGCCGAAGAGGAAGCUGCACGAGUGGCCGCUGAAGAGGAAGCUGCAAAGCAGAAAGCCGCCGAAGAGGAGGCUGCAAAGCAGAAAGCCGCCGAAGAGGAAGCUGGACGAGUGGCCGCUGAAGAGGAAGCUGCAAAGCAGAAAGCCGCCGAAGAGGAGGCUGCAAAGCAGAAAGCCGCCGAAGAGGAGGCUGCACGAGUGGCUGCCGAAGAGGAACUUGCAAAGCAGAAAGCCGCCGAAGAGGAAGCUGCAAAGCAGAAAGCCGCCGAAGAGGAGGCUGCGCGAGUGGCUGCUGAAGAAGAAGCUGCACGAGUGGCUGCCGAAGAGGAAUCUGCAAAGCAGAUAGCCGCCGAAGAGGAAGCUGCAAAGCAGAAAGCCGCUGAGGAGGAGGAGGCUGCGCGAGUGGCUGUUGAAGAAGAAGCUGCACGAGUGGCUGCUGAAGAGGAGGCUGCGAAACAGAAGGCCGCCGAAGAGGAGGCUGCGCGAUUGGCUGCUGAACAGCACGCACGUGAACAAGCAGCUCGUGAAAGCUUGGAUCGUGCUCGACAGGCACAAGAGCAAGAGGCUGCGCGCGACAAAGCCGAGGCCUUGGCAGAAGCACAGGCCAGUGAACAGGAGACAGAACGGGCGCGCCUCUCUGCGGCGGCCGGUGCAGAGGCCACGCUGGCGCGAGAGCGCGUUGUGGGACAACGAGUGGCGCGCGCGCAAACAUUGCAACGAUCUCGGCGCGAGCCGACUGUGUCAGGCGACGCCCCCUCUCAGACCUUUUCGCGGCAACGGGGUACCUCGAUUGACAAGUCGACGCGCCUUGAGGCUGAGUUGGCCAAGGUGCGGGCCGAGUAUCACGAGCUCGAAGCCAUCAAUGCUCAAUUGCGUGCAUCUGCCGCUGCUGCAUCUGCUGAGCGGGAUGAAGUGAAAGAAGAGCUCCAAGCAUUGGAAGAGCAGCAUGCAGCCAUGCUUAACGACCCCGCCGCCACAGCUGGUCCUGGCAGAAGACGUCACUCAUCCGUUGGUGGACCUAGCACGGUAUACGCAGCACGCAUCGCCACACUUGAAGCAGAUAAUGCGCGGCAAGUGGAAAAGUCCCGCCAGCUCGAGCAGCAGCUGGCCAACCUUCUGGCCAUCAACAACGGGGCUGGUCCCCCUCCAGAACCACGCCCACGCAGCUCGUCUCCAUCCGACAUUUUAUUUUAUCAGCAGCAACUGCGCACGUUGCAGACGCAGUUGGACCGUGCCCUGCAGGAUGCAGCCGCAGCUGAUGAGAAUGCCAUGCAGCUAGAGAAUGAGAAUUUGGUUGGUCCCGCGCAACGGAGAUGA